AUGCGACAGUUUGAAUUGUAUCUAAUCUUCUACAUUGCUUUCAAUAUAUUCAAUGCUUAUCUUGCAGAUGAUGAUGAUGAUAUUGAAACGGAAUUAGUUCUUGAGAGCUAUGUUGAUGCUGAUUGGGGUGGUAAUUUCGAAGAUAAAAGAUCAGCGACUGGAUAUUCAUUCUAUUUGAAUGGUGAUUUGAUUUCAUGGAACACCAAAAAGCAACAAACUAUCGCCUUGUCGACAACUGAAGCCGAGUAUAUGGCUGAGACUGAGGCAAUUAAAGAGGCUAUUUGGUUAAAAUCAUUGAUGAAUGAAUUAGGCUAUGAGGUUGAAACACCGAUAGACAUAAAUUGUGACAAUCAAGUUUACUUUGAAAAUCAUUCUUAUAAUCAAAAGCUAACAACAACAUUAUUAUUUUAUCCAUUAAUCUUGUUUUUUCCUUCUUUUUCUUCUUCUUCGUGCUUCUUUCUUUUCCAUUUCAACCUCCAGAGACUUCAGCUCCAUGAAAACAGAAUAACUUCAAUAGAUGUUAAUACAUUUAAAGGUUUCUCUGCCUCUGAUAGUUUAGAUGCACUCAAUUUAGCUUCCAAUAAUAUCAAGGAAAUACCUGAAAAAUCUUUCCAAUCUUUAAGCUCACUUAAUUCACUUGCUCUUGAAAAGAAUCGCAUCUCAGCAAUCCAUCCAUUUGCAUUUCAAGGAAUUGAAGAUUCAUUGGAAUGGUUAACAUUAGGUGAUAACAUUUUAAACUCAAUACCCAGUUAUGCGCUUCAAAAUUUGACUCGUUUAAGGCAGUUGGAUCUUAGAGGAAAUAACAUCACAAUUGUCGAGGAAAACUCUUUUAAAGACUUUGGUGGGAAUCUCAAAUUUUUGUACCUCAAAAACAACAGGAUAAAAAUAAUUGAAACUGGUGCUUUUGACAAGUUAAUAUCACUCGAGUGGCUUUAUUUGGAUUCUAAUCAAUUGAUUAAACUUUCUCAUGAAACUUUUUAUCCAAUCAUUGAUUCACUUAAAGUUCUUGAUUUACAUGAUAAUCCGUUCGUCUGCCAUUGUGGUCUAGUAUGGUUCAGUGAAUGGGUUCGUGAUGAAGGUAAAUCAAUUGUCAACAUGCCGGAUAAAACUGAAUGUCAACUGGCCCCUGAUUCACCUAAGAAAUUGCCGAUUCGAGAAAUGCAAAGUAGUUUAUUGGAUUGUGUUAGUCUGGCAAUUCAACAAAAACCUGAAAAAACAAUUUAUUUUAUUUUGUUUAACAUUGCUCACUUCUUCUUGGUUAGAUACUUGAAUUUGUAAAAUAUUCACUUGAAAUGUAAAUACAGUGUAUAUCAAA